AUGGCAUCGUCGACCACCUCAUCGCCCCAGCCGCGCCAACGUCUGCGCGAGCUGCUCCCUGACCUCAAGAUCGGCAACUGGCCCACUGGCCCUCUGAAUGGCAUCACGGACGUUCCAGGUGUGCUCACUCACACCACCACGCUCCGUCCUUCGUCCAACCCCAACAUCAAGUCUGGCUCGACCGUGAUCCUCCCCCACAAGAAAUGGUUCAACCAAGCCGUCUACGCAGGCAUCUUCCGCUUCAACGGCAGCGGCGAGAUGACCGGCGCGCACUGGAUCGAGGAGUCGGGCCUGUUGCACUCGCCCAUCGUGCUGACCAGCUCAUUCUCCGUUGGCGACGCUUACCGCGGCAUUUAUGAGCACGCCAUCAAGCACCACAACAACGACGGCGCCGUGGGAUGGUUUCUGCUGCCCGUCGUUGCCGAGACGUUCGAUGGCUAUUUGCAUGACAUGACUACCUUCGCGGUCAAGCCCGAGCACAUCGUGACAGGCAUUGACGAGGCUACUGCCGACCUGACGCCUGAGGGUUGCACCGGUGGCGGCACGGGCAUGGUGUGCCAGGGAUUCAAGGGCGGCACGGGCACCAGCAGUCGCGUCGUGAGUGGCCUCGGGGUUCCCGGUGCGGAUGGAAACGCACAGGCAAAGGACUACACCGUCGGCGUGCUGGCUCAGUCAAACUACGGCCGUAUCAGGGACUUCCGUGUUACCGGGGUUCCGGUCGGGAGGCUCGUCAUGGAACAUCUUGAGAGGGAAGGCAAGCCUACGCUCAUACACAUCGCCAACGCCGAAAAGGCCAAGGACAAGAAGGACGGCAGCAUCAUCAUUAUUCUGUCCACCGAUGCGCCCUUGCAUCCGACGCAGCUGCAGCGGCUCGCCAAGCGGGCCACCGUUGGCCUGGCACGAGUCGGUGGUUACGGUCACAAUCCUUCGGGAGACUUGUUCCUGGCGUUCUCGACGGCCAACAAGAUCCCCGUGCAGCAGUUCACUGCCGACAACAAGGCACUUGAUCCGUUCAAGGCAAGGGCACUGGGCAUUGAGGUUGUAGAUGACACGACCAUCAACGGCUUAUUCGAGGCUGCGGCAGACGCCACAGAGGAGGCCAUCUAUAAUUCUAUAUGCAUGGCAGAGACAACAGUUGGCCACAAGGGCAACAAGGUUGAGGCCAUUGAUCAGGAGCUAUUGAAAAACAUCAUGCGCAAGUAUCAGUAG